AUGUUGUACGUAUCGGACGCCGACAUGUCCAAAAUGCUGGCCACUACGCAGUCCACAGAACAACCUGACCAAGGAGAUGAGAUCGGCGAGCCCACACUCAGUUGUCACGGUAAGGCGGGACCUCCAACGCCCGCGGCCAACCGCACGCCGAGCGAAGCCACUCUGGAGAUGGCAAGAGCAACGGGAGAUAGACUGCAACAGUGUUCCAACGAUGCCUUCAGGAAGGACCUUGAUAUCCGAUCUUUGACGAUACCUCAACCAGGGGAUGUCACAGAUGUGCCACCAUCGCCGUCCCGAAUGAACCGGGGAAGGUUUUCACCAAGAAACUGUACCACAGGACAGGCCACUCGCGGCACCCGCAACAGCGACAACGACGGAGGGCCGAAGCCGCCGACACAGGCACUAGAUCACAGCCAUCCCCAAUGCCAGCGACGCAGCCUGCCUGCGAUUGGCGGACCCACCGUCCCAGCCACCAGACGCUACCCCAACAGAGGGUAUCGGAGGGGGGGCGGCGGGAGGCGCGCGCAUGACCAGAGGGACGGAGCCCCGGCCGAAUCCCUGACGGACGGUCCCCGAUGGGCAGAUUCCUGGUCGGAUCCCGAUGGCGGGGGGCGGGAUCUAGCCAAGGGAGGACCAGAUCCGGGCAAAGACAAGCCGAGGCCACCACCAGUCGCCGGAGGAAGAAGUGGGAGGAGGCCGGCCAUGGAGCGCCGCCCCGCACAGAGUGCCAUGGCCGGCGGCGUGAGUGCCCCGCCGUUGCCGUUCUGGGGAGUGGCGCGGGCCUUCCGGUGA